AUGACAGACUCGAAAGAAGCCCUUCUGGCCAACAUGGACAUGAACGACCAAACCCAAGACCCACCCCCAGCCUACGACCAACCCAAACCAAACCGCCUCCCACGCCCACCACCCCUAGGCCUCCCAGUCCUAAACAGUCUCCGCAACAGAAGGGUAAUCCUAGCCUCUCAAUCCCCACGCCGUCGCCAAAUCCUCUCCUUCCUAGGCUUCCCAAAUCUAGAAAUCAUCCCCUCAAACGCAGACGAAGACCUCCCCAAAAGCCUCGGACCCUUCGAAUACGUCCUAGCAACAGCCACAAAAAAGGCCCAAGCAGUCUACGCGCAGGAAAUAAACAACGAAGCAGCGGGCGAACCAGCCCUUAUCAUCGCAGCCGAUACUAUUGUCGUCGACCUAUCAACCGGCACAAUCCUCGAAAAACCCCGCUCAGAAGCCCACCACAUGACAAUGCUCCGCUCCCUCCGCGACGCGCGCGAUCACAAAGUCUUCACGGCGCUGGUAGCCAUGGCGCCGCUUGCAUCGGCCCGGGACCCGGGUUAUGCGCUUGAGAGUACGGUUGAGGAGACGGCUGUGCGGUUUGAUGGCGAUGUUACGGAUGAGUUGAUUAUGGCUUAUGUGCGUACCCGUGAGGGCGCUGAUAAGGCGGGUGGGUAUGGUCUGCAGGGGCUUGGCAGUAUUCUCGUUGAGAAGGUCGAUGGGAGUUAUGAUAAUGUGAUUGGGAUGCCGCUCAAGGCUACGCUUAAGCUUAUUGAGACUGUUAUGGCUAAGGCGGAUGAUGAGGAGGGCAUGCCUGGAGAUGGAGAUGAGAGUGAUGAUCUGGAGUGA